AUGUCCUCAAACAAUACGUCGCAACAUUCUGCGACCGACUCUGCCUCCGGUCCCGGUCUUCAAGGACCGCGACCUUCCGACCCGCCUACCGAUUCCGACAGCGAAACCCCGGGCUCAGACCGGCAGCCACAGCAAGUAACACAAUCACAAUCACCUACCCCAGGUUCACGCCAUCGCGAUGUUGCACCCCGAGAUUUUGUCCGCCUCUUCCAAUGUCAGAUUUGUUCGUUACCCCUUAGCGAGCCUAUAAGUCUACCAUGCGGCAAAAGCAUGUGCCGGCGCUGUCUGCCUGAUACUCAUCUACGUGCCAACAUAACGUACCCUGCAGCUCGCGAUCGACUUCGCGGAUUUCGAUGUCCAUUCGAGGAUUGUGGGAAAGAUCAUGCUCUUGACGAUUGCGCUGUCGACGUGGUUCUCAACAAAACAGCUCAACAUGUGAGGGAGGAAAUCGAGCGUUCCAGGCACGAGUCCUCUACUGCUGAGGUGUCGACAAGAGUCAUGUGGCAAGAUCCAUGGGCUGCUGCGGGUGUUGCGUCCAUGCGGAAUGAUGAUGGCGCAUAUUCAAAAGUCAUACCAGGUGGAAAGGUCAUAGCAACAUAUCGCUUGGCAGAAGAGGGUGAUUUGUCUUACGAGGCUGAUAUUGACUAUGACGAGAUCAUUUCGGCCACCCCGUCACCACCCCCGGAUACCGAUGACACAGGCCUCGUUCGAAAGGCGCAGGAUGCUACUCGCGCUGAAAUGGACUGUCAAGUCUGUUAUGCGCUUUUCUACGAUCCUCUCACAACCACAUGCGGGCACACUUUCUGUCGGUCCUGUUUACAUCGCAUCCUCGACCAUUCACGGUAUUGCCCAAUAUGCCGUCGUCCACUAGCCAUCAGCCCUCUACUUAAUCAGAUUUUGUCGCCACCCAAUCAGACUAUCAAGAGAAUCAUCGAAACGUUUUGGCUGGAGGAAGUCAACGCGCGGAAAGAAGCAUUGGAUGCGGAACGUACUGCACAAAUGCAAGAUCACGAUACCUCACUCUUUAUUUGCACAUUGUCGUUUCCUCAUAUGCCGACGUUCUUACACAUCUUUGAGCCACGAUAUAGACUCAUGAUCCGAAGAGCGAUGGAGGAAGGGCACCGCACGUUUGGUAUGGUGAUACCAAAACGACGACAAUUUCCCGGGGACAGUGAUUUCCACGAGUUGGGCACCUUACUCAGGAUUGUCAACGUCCAAUUUUAUUCAGACGGCCGGAGUCUCAUAGAGACGGUUGGUCUAUCGCGCUUCCGUGUUCUGGAACACGACUUCCUUGACGGAUAUAUGGUCGGCAAAACUGAACGUGUCGAUGAUGUCAGUCUCGAGGAUGAAGAAGCUGCCGAGGCAGCUGAAGCAAGUCCAAUAGAGUUAGAAUCUAACCAAGCGCCAAUGCUGGAGGGUGACAAAGAAUCUACAGAGCCAACAUCGCCAUUACCGCGCUCAAGUUCAUCCAGUCCACAUAUGCCGACAUCAGUGGCUGACAUCGAUAUAAUGUCAACACAAAGUUUAAUGCAUUUUGCCUCAUCCUUUGUCGCUCGAAUGCGUCAGCAAAGUGUACCGUGGUUGGCAGAACGAAUGUUGACUAUAUAUGGCGAAUGCCCAGAAGAUCCCGCCAUCUUCCCUUGGUGGUUUGCUAGCAUACUACCAGUCAAGGACAUUGAGAAAUAUCGACUCCUCGGAACAUCCAGUGUACGUGAGCGUCUCAAAAUCUGCUGUAUAUGGAUUGUGGAAUGGCAGAUGGCCCGAUGUGAGCGUCUGCUCGUCGUCGUUCUCGGUCUCUCAGGCUAA